ACCUUUUUUUUUUUUUUUUUUUUCUCUGGACCGUUUAAAGAGCAGAGGCAACAUUUUUAUUGUAUUGUUGUAGUUUGAGCGGCUAAAGAGAAUCUAAAGACCAAAGCAGUCGCCUUGUCCUAAAACAAACGUGGUUUGGGUGUUAUGGGCUGUUAUGAUGAAAAGUUUGUUAAAAUAAAUAAAUCUGUGCUGAUAUGCGACGUUUAAUUGGCAUCUAGCCAAUCGGGACGCAAUGAUUUCCUACGUUGAAUGUCUGGGGGGCGAGGGGGCGGCCCCCGGGGUUUCUUCACAAUGCUGGAACGGGGGACCCGACGAAGAGCGGGACGAGCUUCUUCCACGCAAGAUGGCCGCCCUCCAACCUAAGACGGAGGGCAGCCUGAGGCGGCGCCUGCUCAGCGCCAAGAUCUACCAGCAGCAGAGCGCCAUGCUGGGAAUGAACGGUGCAAACAGGCCAGCGUCGCCCUCAGGAGACAGAAAGCCCCCACCGCCUCACCUGCAGUGUAACCCCUGGAUCCUCCCGCCGCGACAACACGUUCACCCUUCUCUCCCCCCGGAGGCUUAUGGGAAACUCUUCUUCUCCCCAGAAACCUGUGAGAAACCUCAGGUGCAAACCUCGGCCCUCCAGGUGCAGCGGCCCUCUUGCCCCAUCCUCGCCCAACGUCGUCGAACUAGUUCCUGCCCCCCGUCUCCAGAGCCCCGCCCCGGCUACGCCUUACCUGUUCCCUCCUCUGUGGGCGUGGCCAACCCGCCAACGGAACCAGAGGUGCCCCCUCAGUACCGCUACCAGCCCACCAAGAGACGGAAGACCAGAUUCUCUUGGUUCAGACGCUGCCAACGGAGGAACUUACAGCAGGAGGCCUUGGCCACCACCCCUCUCCUCCAAAAAGCGGGGGACGGGGACGGUAAGUGGUCCGUUCACUACAGUACCCAGAAGCCUCGGCAGGGCCUGCGCUUCAUCCCCGGGAAACGGCGGUCGGGCAGCGCCGAUGACCUGCGAGCGUGCAACGGCCUGACUCAGCAUGACACCUUUAAGCCCCGCCCGCCGAGUCCCACCUUUGCUCAGUACUCCGGCUUCGACCAAUCCGAGGGCAGCACCCGCAGAGGGUGGCGGGGCAGAGGCAGGAAGAUGAGGUCCAGAGUCCGGGACUUUCUCUCUCAGACUUGCUUUUCAGUUUGUUUCAAGUUUUCACUUUGGAGGAGAAAGUCUUCAGCGUCUUCGGAUGAAGAUGAGAAGUUCUUCCUCGCCCACCCGCGCCCCAUGACUCCGCUGGUCCUGAAUCCCAUCAGCCUCACGUCCGGCUGGGAUGAGCUGGGAUCGGCCGGCGAACAGAGCGCCGACGUGGAGACGGAGCCCGGCCAGCGGCUUCCUACGCCGGAGGAGAAGAUGAGGCGGCAGGCGGAGGCAGUCGCAGCCGAUAUAGUUCCCAUCAACGUCACAGGCGAGAGUUUUGACCGACAGGCCAGUUUUCGGAGAACGCUCUCCAACGGGGACUCGCUGAGUCGAAGACCUCACAAGCUGAGCCGCCGUAAGACCGUUUCCGCCAUAUCAGACGACGUCAUCCCCAAGCGUUCGGUUUCAGCCGGCCUUCCCGGUCAGUACGCCACAGUGGGUCGCCCUUCCUCCGCCUCCUGCUCCCCGUCGCCUCGGCACAAGAGCAGAGACGUGGAUUGGGAGGAGAGCGAAGGAAGCAGGAAGGAGGGCCACGGUACCUCCAGGAGAAUCAGAGCGCCAAGGGGAGAGGGCCUGUCCAGCCUCAUGGCUUCUCUCACCUCCUCACCAAAUGUCUCCUCCAGCAUCCACAGCCUCCCCCGUAUGCCCACCGCCUCCUCCCUGAGCUCUGACGUCGGCUGGAACAGCCCCGACUGCAGCACGCUCAGUGCCUCUUCGUCUUACAGCCAGGAUCAGCAAGGUUUCCCAAGCGACUUUCAGCCGCUGUUGCCCUAUGACCCCAAUGCCAGAGUCAUACCCCAGUCCCCUUCCUCCUCCUCGUCUUGUUUGCCUGCUUCCCCUGUCAACUCCUGCAUCUCUGACGCGCCCAGUCAGCUGCAGUCAGAGUGGUCUUAUCCCAGCGAUGGGCCUUUAAACGAGGACUCUUCUCACUACCUCUCCUCCUUGUCCAUAGCUGACGCUGUGUCCCAGUUUAGUUACCAGACUUUGGAGGAGCAAACUCAGCAAAAUGCCCAGAACCUCUCUGAUGGAGACUCCUGCAGUGGGGAGAGCUGGAACUACAGGCCUCUCUCUCCUUGCUCCAGCAUCCACAGUGGAACCACCCAGGACCCAAGAUGUGUCUCUGAAGAAGGCUGGAGCUGUGACCCUCUUCUUUCUUCAGGUCGCUCCACCCCUUUCUGCGCUGACAACACCUCUCUUUGCUCAGAGAAGAUACCCUCAUCGCCCCCGGCGAACCGGGAGAAAAGGAAGUCCGGCACUUCAGCCUUCUACUCCCGCACCGUCACGCGUAGCAUCUCCCUACGCAAGUCCAAGCGUCCACCUCCGCCACCGCUACGCUGUGACUCUUUAAGGCGCCGGCCGAGUCGCAGCAAACCCCCUCGUUCCUCAACAACCCCACGUCCUGAGCGGAGCCCUCGUGUGGAUCGCGGCGCCUCCCCCGCACCCAUGUCAUCUCCUCAGACCUUUCCUGACCCCUGGGUGCCCCGGAGCAACGCAAACAGACGUCAAGGUGAUCUGAACUGUGGAACGGUCACAAGCUUUGAGCCUUUAGGUCCAGACUCCAAGAACGAAACUACUACUGACUCUGACCCUUCCGGCACCAACCAGAUGAGCCCCAAGCACUGCUACAUGGUUAACCCUGGAUCCCUGGGCUCCAAUGACAAACAACUUAAACUUGCUCUCAACCAUCCACCAGACUCCCCAGCUGCAGGGCUUCAGUGCCUUGCCUCUCCAUCCAGUGGUUACUCCAGCCAGUCUAACACCCCGAGUCCUGGUACCCCCAUCUCUUCACCCCUCAAUCCUUCCUCCCCUCUUACAGCAAGCCCUGGGGCAUUUUCCCUUCCUCCGACUUCCCCUUUCUUUACCUCAUGCUCUCCAACCUUUCCCCAUUCCCCCUCAGCCUCUUCCCUGCCCAGGACCAGGUCUCGGGGCAAAGAGAGGACAAAGCCACCAGUGCCACAGAGGAAGUCAUCACUUCUCUCGUCCUCAUUCUCCUCCACCUCCUCUCUCUCCUCUUACACCUCGUCUGAUUCCUUAGCAAGACCUCCGCUUCUACCCAGACCACCUCCUCCUCCUCCGCUUCCACAAUCCACUACCCCCACCCACACAUUCUCUGUCCCAGUGUCUCAUCUUCCUCCACCACCACCACCUCCUCCACUUUCAUGGUCCAGUGCUUCAGUUCCUGACUUCGGCCUUCAUGCUCCUUGCCUUCCACCUCCUCCUCCUCCUCCUCUUCCACAACCCAGUCCUGCAGGCACUCAGUUCUGUCCACCUUCUCCUCCUCUACAGCAGGCUGCUCCUCCAAUCCCUGGGUUCUCUCUCCCUGCCCCUUCAGCCAUCACUUCCAACCCUUCACCUCUUCUGCAGUAUUCCUCUUCUCCUCAUCCCCUUACCACUACUUCCAUGCCUGGGUUUUGCCUCCAUGUUCCUCUACCACCUCCUCCUCCUCCUCCACUUCCAAGGGAUCUCUCAGCUUCACCCCUACCCCCUCCUCCACCUCUCCCUGCAGACCUCAUAUUGUGCUCUGGCUUCCACAGUACUAUCCAGCUUUGA